AUGAGCAAGUUGGGCAAGUUAUUCAAAGGGGGAAACUCUUCCAAAAGCAAGGCCGCUCCCAGCGCUCAGGAGGCCCUAGCCCGGCUCCGGGAGACUGAGGAGAUGCUGGGUAAGAAGCAAGAGUACUUGGAAACCAGGAUCCAGAGGGAGCUCGCCCUGGCCAAGAAGUACGGGACGCGCGAUAAGCGAGCGGCAUUACAGGCACUAAAAAGAAAGAAGAGGUUUGAGAAACAGUUAACUCAGAUUGAUGGCACACUUUCCACCAUUGAGUUCCAGAGAGAAGCCCUGGAAAAUUCCCAUACCAACACAGAAGUGUUAAAGAACAUGGGCUAUGCUGCCAAAGCUAUGAAAGCAGUUCAUGAAAAUAUGGACAUUAACAAAAUAGAUGAUCUGAUGCAAGAGAUCACAGAACAGCAAGAUAUCGCCCAGGAAAUCUCAGAAGCAUUUUCUCAGCGAGUUGGAUUUGGUGAUGACUUUGAUGAGGAUGAGUUGAUGGCAGAACUCGAAGAAUUGGAGCAGGAAGAAUUAAAUAAGAACAUGACAAAUAUCCGACUUCCAAAUGUGCCCUCUACCUCACUGCCAGCCCAUCCUGGUAGGCAGCCAAGUUUACCAUCUUCUUCACGGCCAUCCCGAGCAGCAUCUUCCAGGAGGAAAGAAGAUGAAGAUGACAUAAAACAGCUGGCAGCUUGGGCUUCUUAAAAGGCCAAAUUACAAUUGUUAUAGACCUAAAACAAUGGGACACUUGUAAAGUGUUUUGACUGAAGUUCAUUAAUGUGAAAAUCUUACUGAAGCUUGCCUUUCAUUGUUUUAGGCCAUACUUAAUUAGAAUUCUAUUCUUGAAUCUCUGACAUGCAGCACACACUUCAGUUUAGGAAUGGAAAAGUUAUGUCAUUUCACAGUUUGCAAGUGACUUAAGAGAAAUAUGCUAAGCUUCUGAGCUGUGUGACCCUGGGUGAGUCACUUAACUCUUCUGCCUUAUAAUUGAUUCUUAGUAUUGAUUCUAAGA